AUGUUCAGGAGUCUCACACAGCGAUCGGGACUUAGUCUAAGGUCAUUUGCACGCAAUGCUUCAUUAUAUGUACCGCCAAAACCAAUGUGGGUUCCAGUAGCACUCACAUCGCAAUCGCAAACAACCAACAAACUUAUAGAACCAUCAUCAUCAUCAUCAUCGUCAUCAUUGACGAACCGGAGUUCCAACCAGAUCCAGCAGUUGCAACCAUUAUUGGCAUUACUCAGACCUCGUAUAGAUGGAACUUCCGAAGGAAACAGCCGUAUUUCCGACACACCAUUCCCUAAACAAAUCAAAGUGGAAAUCGUGGAAAAGGGACAAAGCAGAGCAACUUUUGAGUUGCAGCUCGAAGAGCUUGAAGAUAUGCUUAAUAGCGAGGACAAGACCUUAUAUCUCGAUUCAGUGAUGAGGAAAAGGAGAUUAAAGAUGAAGAAGCACAAGUUGAGAAAGAGAAGAAAGGCGCAAAGAGCAUUAAAGAGAAGAUUGGGUAAGAUUUAG